AUGAAACUGUUCAUUGUUACAUUUCUGGCUUCAAUAGCCGCAAUCCAGGCUUCACCUUUAAAAGCGAGCUGCACGGUGGCCUCCUACUCUGCACUAGCUGCAGCUCUUAAAAGUUGCAGCGCAUUAGUAAUCAAAGAUUUAACCGUACCAGCUAAAACCACAUUGCAACUAAAUUUGAAGAAUGGAGCUUCUUUGACUUUCGCUGGUACUAUCCGUUGGAAUUAUACUGAAUGGCAAGGACCUCUAAUUGAAAUUAAAGGCAGCAAGGUUACAGUUAAUGGUGCUGUAGCCACUUUGGAUGGACAAGGUAAGAAUACUGGAUUUAGAUUAUCUAAGGGCCACAACACUGACGGUUUUGACGUAUCCAGCUCUACAGGCAUUACAGUCCAAAACAGUGUCGUCAAGAACCAAGACGAUUGCGUAGCCGUUAAUCAAGGAUCCAACUACAUCUUCCAGAAUUUGACUUGCUCUGGUGGUCACGGUUUAAGUUUGUCCGUCGGUCAAACUUCAGCAAGCGGUUCCGCUAAUAUCGUUAAAAACGUUACAUUCUCUGACUGUACCGUAACAAACUCAGAUAACGGCAUCCACGUAAAGUCUCACUCAGAUGCUGGUGCCGGUUCAGUAUCUGAUGUCACUUAUAAAAAUAUCAAAUUGUCCGGUAUAAGGAAAUACGGAAUUAGCGUACAAGAAGAUUAUGAGAAGGGCAAUUCCACUGGAACGCCAAAAGCUAAUAUUCCAAUCACCAAAUUGACCCUGAGCAAUGUUAAAGGUACUAUGUCUGGAGACGCACCUCUAAUUCUCAUCAUAAAAACUUCAACCAUGAAACUGUUCAUUGUUACACUUCUGGCUUCAAUAGCCGCCAUCCAGGCUUCACCUUUAAACGCGAGCUGCACAGUUACCUCCUACUCUGGAGUAGCUGCAGCUCUCAAAAGUUGCAGCGCAUUAGUAAUCAAAGAUUUAACCGUACCAGCUAAAGCCACGUUGGAACUAAAUUUGAAGAGUGGAGCUUCUUUGACGUUCGCUGGUACUAUCCGUUGGGAUUAUGCUCAAUGGCAAGGACCUCUUAUUGAAAUUAAAGGCAACAAGGUUACAGUUAAUGGUGCUGGAGCCACUUUGGAUGGACAAGGUAUGAAUACUGGAUUUAGAUUAUCUAAGGGCCACAACACUGACGGUUUUGACGUAUCCAGCUCUACAGGCAUUACAGUCCAAAACAGUGUCGUCAAGAACCAAGACGAUUGCGUAGCCGUUAAUCAAGGAUCCAACUACAUCUUCCAGAAUUUGACUUGCUCUGGUGGUCACGGUUUAAGUUUGUCCGUCGGUCAAACUUCAGCAAGCGGUUCCGCUAAUAUCGUUAAAAACGUUACAUUCUCUGACUGUACCGUAACAAACUCAGAUAACGGCAUCCACGUAAAGACUCACUCAGAUGCUGGUGCCGGUUCAGUAUCUGAUGUCACUUAUAAAAAUAUCAAAUUGUCCGGUAUAAGGAAAUACGGAAUUAGCGUACAAGAAGAUUAUGAGAAGGGCAAUUCCACUGGAACGCCAAAAGCUAAUAUUCCAAUCACCAAAUUGACCCUGAGCAAUGUUAAAGGUACUAUGUCUGGAGGUAUGGGUGUUUAUAUACUCUGUGCGAGUGGAGGAUGCAGUAACUGGCCUUGGUCCGGUGUUUCCAUUACCAGCGGCAAAAAGAGCAACUAUUGUACCUUUACACCUUCCGGAUUUUCUUGUUAGAUGAAUAAAAUAUAAAAAAA